AUGGCGACCAAUUUGCGCUUGUUGGUUCUGAUGGCAUUGCUAUCCCUAGUUUCUUCGGUGGACAUUCCCCCGGGAAUCCAAAACGAAGACCUCGUUAUUGCUGCUUCGGAGAUGCAGAGAGCAAAUUACUUCACUUUUGUUUUGCUCCUCAACAUGGCUAAAUUGGAUCGAAGGCUUCAAGGUAAUAUCACCUUCUUGAUGCCCAACGAUCGGAUGCUAUCGAAAAUUGCCCUAGAGCCACAUGCCAUCUCCGACUUCUUGCUUCGCCACUCAAUUCCUUCUACCAUGCUUUUCGACUACUUGCACCAUAUACCAACAGGCUCAUCAAUUCCGAGCUCAAAGCGGGAUUACAUGCUUAAGAUUUCCAAUAAUGGUAGGUGGAGUUUCUUUCUCAACAAUGUGAAACUCAUUAGUCCAAAUAUAUGCACUGCAAGCUCCUCCGUUCGAUGUCAUGGCAUAGAUGGCGUUCUGUCUCUGGCUAUGCCUAUGAGUAACUCUACCACCGAAAUUGCUUCUCCUUCAUCUAUUUGUUUUAGUAGCCCAAAUUCAUCGCCUCCAGCAAUAACACCACCAUCACCAUCACCACCAUCAUCAUCGUCGUCGUCAUCACCUUUUUCUUUAGCGACGGGAGCUAGUGGCCUUAAUAUGACACCGGCCGCUGGCCCUAGUGUAAGUCCACCGAAAUCAGGGUCUUCUACGAUUUCAAUAUUUUCAGUUACAUAUAUGUUGUUGUCACUUUGGAUUUCUUCUCUAUGUAUUGUUCUUUAGCUUCCAAAAAGAGCAAUUUAUUAUUAAUUCAAUCUCCAAAGGAGUGUUCUUGGACUCUCUAUCUAUUAUUAACAAGCUCAAUCAAACAAAACAAAAAGCAAUUGGCUUUGUAACUUGUAUGCCAUAUAUUGUAUUUAUUUGGUAUAAAUAUAAGUCUCAAGAUGGAAGAUUUUAGAGUU